AAAGGCCAGUAAAUAGAAAAGGGGGCCUGGCUUUCAUGAUGAACACACUCACGUCCUGGUGCCAGAAACAACGGAAGAGAUUCGAAACCAGGCGACGAUAACGAUAACGAGGAAUACCAGGUCAGAAACGAGCGAAGAAGAGGCGGUUUCUCGGAUCAACGGAAUCGAAGGGCAUUUGCCGGAAGGUCUACGCAUUCUACGUACUUUGCAACGGCGUAUGUUCACUUAUUACAACACACCUUCUGCAUCUGGGAUCGGUUUAGAGGAGAGUACAUCUCAAGUACAAGACACAAUCCGGUUACCUCACUUGAGACAAGAUACAUCAUCGACAGUACCUCCUCCGGAUAAACAUUCACACGGCAUUCUUCAACGAUACGACAUCAACACGUGGUCGGAUAAGCAAAGCAAAUAGACUUUCGAUAUACCGGCACGCUGCAGAAAAACCAACGCAAAUAAAUGCCGAUUUCUGACCCGACUUUGAGCCGUGUGAGUUGAAAGGGAUUUUUAUUACGGUACUGUAUUCGGGACUGUAUUCACGUGGAGAAAUAAGUGGAAGGAAUAAAGACACAGGCAAAAGGUAGAGAAGAAAAGUAAGUCUUAUAAACCCCACUUGUGGGGAAUUGACUACUACUGUACAGUACUUCAUUCUGACAACCGAAUCUAGGAAGCACCCAAGAGACACUUCACAUCACUACACAAUUCACAUUCAAAUUGACCCGAAAUAUAUAGCAAACAUCCUUCAAAAAUGGACGAGAAUGUAAAAAUCGUCAUUGCUGGUGCCGGUACGAAACCUUCCCCCUUUUGUCCUCAGUACAGUUCAAUAACUAACGGGAAAUAUCAGGAAUGGGAGGCCUGGCAACGGCACUCGCCCUAGCGAAAAAGGGAUUCACAUCAAUAGAUGUCUAUGAAACAGCUUCCAAUCUUGGUUUUGUGGGCGCAGGGAUUCAACUUGCGCCUAAUAUGGCGCGGAUCUUGGAUCGAUUGGGGGUUUGGGCGGAUAUUGAGAAGGAGGCUGUGGAGUUGAGGGAGACGAGUAUUAGACGUGAGAUUGCCUUUCUUACCUUGUUUUGAGAUACCUCGCUUUAUGCUUCUCUUUUGUUGCUAUUGUGAUAUUGGGCAAUGGUGUAUCAUUGAUAUUCGGGGAUGCUUGGGAGAAUUAAGAAGUCACGUUCUUCGAUUCUCUUGAGAUAGUUUGGAUGAUUCUCGGUUACUCUGAUUUAGUUCGUAACAUUUGAGAGAGACUGGAACGAACUGAGGGAAAGGAGAAGCUAGAGAUGACAAGGAACGAAAUUGAGAAAGUAUACUAACAAUCAUAACAGAAGGAGACUCAGACAAGGAACUCCAACACGUAGAACUAAACUACAUCCGCUCACUCUACGGCUACCCUCACAUGGUAGGCCACCGUUCCUCCCUCGCGGGCUCCCUCUACGCAGGCUGCCAACGCGAACCCGCCAUAAAAUUCCACUUCUCAACCAGCAUCGAAAGCAUCACAUCCUUCACCCCAACCCCCACACUGCUCAUCAAACCCCGCAACGGCACUCCCCAAACCAUAACCUGCGACAUCAUCCUCGGCGCCGACGGCAUCAAGAGCAACACCCGCGCCGCACUGCUUAGUGAGAUCAAAGGGAACGCGCAAAUCCUCGACACCGACCAAGCCGCCUACCGCAUAAUGCUCAAACGCUCGGAAAUCGAGCACGACCCCGAGCUCCUGGCUUUGAUUGAGAAUGAUGUAGUAACGCGCUGGAUCGGGGAAAGUAGACAUAUCAUCGCCUACCCGGUGUCCAACAAGACCAUCUACAACAUCUCGACCGCGCAGCCGGAUAAGAACUUUGCGGCGGCGCCGAGCGCUACGUACACGACCAAGGCGAGUAAGAAGGCUAUGAUGGACACCUUUGCUGAUUUCUGUCCGAAGAUCCAGAGGAUGCUGGAUUUGGUCCCCGAUGGGGAGGUGUGCGAGUGGAAACUUAGGGUUCAUUCCCCGCUUCCUACGUGGGUGUUGGGUUCUGUGGCUUUGGUUGGUGAUGCAUGUCAUCCGACGCUUCCUCAUCUCGCGCAGGGCGCUGCGCAAGCGAUUGAGGACGCUGCGGUACUAGCCGAGGUCCUGACAUUGUGUCCUAGUUCCAAGCCGGAGGAUAUCAAUAGGGCGUUGAAAGUGUAUGAGUUGUGUAGGAAGGAGAGAGCGGAGACGUUGGUUGAGAUGGCGGCGCAGAGUGGGAGGGAUUUACAUCUUGGUGCUGGGGCAGCGAAGGAGGAACGUGAUAAGAAGUUUCAGGCUUUGAAGGAGAAUGGUCAAGGUGUAACGUCGCCGGAUAAGUGGGCGGAUGCGGAUGUGCAGAAGAUGAUUUAUGGACAUGAUUGUAUGGAGGAUGCGACUGCGAACUUUGGAAAACUGUUUGCAAAGUUGUGAAAAUAGACGAUUGGACGAGCAUUGCUGUAAUAUUUUUUGGCACGGAAGGCAAUAUAAAUAAAACAAUCUCGC